CGCGCCUUGACAUCAACCGCCAGCAACAUUUCUCACCACGCCUUUCUCCCCUGCUUCUCGACCAUGGGGACCGCACUCAAGACCUGGGAGCUCGAGAACUCGGUGCAGCUCGUCGACCCCACCAAAGACGCCCUCUAUUCCUACUCUGUCCCGGCGCAGAAAGCCCUGGACAACGCACACCCAUGGCGCACCGAUCCCCACUACUUCACCUCGGUCCGCAUCUCCGCAGUGGCGCUGCUCAAGAUGGUCAUGCACGCCCGCUCCGGCGGCUCCCUCGAGGUCAUGGGCCUCAUGAUGGGCAAGAUCGAAGCACACACGUUCGUCGUCACCGACGCCUUCCGCUUGCCCGUCGAAGGCACCGAGACACGAGUCAAUGCACAGGACGAAGCAAACGAGUACAUGGUCGAGUUCCUCCAGCGCGCGCGAGACCAGGGCCAGCUCGACAACGCAGUAGGCUGGUACCACAGCCAUCCCGGCUACGGCUGCUGGCUCUCCGGCAUCGACGUCAACACCCAGAAGACACAACAGCAGUUCUCCGACCCCUUCUGCGCCAUCGUCAUCGACCCCGACCGCACCGUGUCCGCAGGCAAGGUCGAGAUCGGCGGCUUCCGCACCUUUCCGGACAGCUACGUGCAAGACAAAGAGAAGGGCGCGACCAUGAAGAACGGCGGCGGCGGCGUAGAAAGUGACGGCUUCCAGACCAUCCCCCUCGGCAAGAUCGAAGACUUCGGCGCCCACGCAAACCACUACUACCCGCUCCAAGUCUCGCACUACAAAUCCACGCUCGACGCCAAGCUGCUUGAAGCCCUGUGGAACAAGUACUGGGUGCAGACGCUCUCCUCGUCGCCGCUGAUGACAAAUCGCGAGUACGGAACCAAGCAGAUCAGCGAUCUGGCGAGGAAGAUGCAGCAGGAGUCCGGCAGCAAGCGGUUCAAGGGCGGUCCAACUGCGUUCUUGGGCGAGAGCAGGAAGGAUCCGCUGCCGGGGCUGGGCGCUGCGGGGAGCAAGAUUGCGAGGGAGGAGGAGAUGGGGCUGCUUGCUGCGAAGGUCAAGGAGCAGGUGUUCAGCUUCAAUGGCGGUGGGCAGCCGGCGGCGGAGAGCCAGGAGGUGGAGAUGAGAUGAAGAGCUGAGCGAGGACACGAGACUGCAAGAGACUUGAUGAACAUUACGACACAACACACGACUAAGAGCAUGGACGGGCGAUGAGGCGCACACAGAACCGUGAGCGACACGGAGGCGUCCAGAUUACGCUCGACCCGCUUCUGCAAAGCCGUGCUGGCGAGUGAGACACAUGGCAUGCGCGAUUCGUCCCGUGGUCUGCCACGAGGCUCAUAGAUAGAUAGAUAGAUAGAUAGAGAAAUGCCAGAACGAGGUUAUCUGCA